AUGGGAAGGCCUCCUUGCUGUGAUAAAGUCGGUAUCAAGAAAGGACCAUGGACUCCGGAGGAAGAUAUAAUAUUAGUUUCCUAUAUCCAAGAACAUGGUCCGGGAAAUUGGCGAUUAGUACCUACCAACACUGGUUUGUUGAGGUGCAGCAAGAGUUGCAGGCUUAGAUGGACUAAUUACUUGAGACCUGGAAUCAAGAGGGGGAACUUCACUCCACAUGAAGAGGGGAUGAUAAUCCAUCUUCAAGCCUUAUUGGGAAACAAAUGGGCAGCUAUAGCUUCAUACCUUCCUCAAAGAACAGAUAAUGAUAUCAAAAACUAUUGGAACACUCAUCUGAAGAAGAAGAUCAAGAAAUUUCAAUCAGGUUUGGAUACACCAUUGGCAUCCGAUUUGACAACUUAUCGAUUUCUGUCCACAAGUUAUAACGAAAGGGGCGUCGACACUGGCAGCCGGCAUGACUCAUCAAGCGAUGUCAAGUUAACUGAAAACUCUAAUUCGAUAUAUGCCUCAAGCGCGGAGAAUAUAUCCCGACUACUCAAAGGAUGGAUGUCAUCUCCCAAGAUCGAUCCUCAAAACAAUCCCACUGCUAAAUGUUGUGAGGGUACUGCUACUACUACUGCAGAAUCACUUCAUUACUAUAGAUUGAAGGUUGAUCAGCAAGAGGGCAAUAAAGUAAUUCCAGGUGAUGAAUAUGAAUCCAUUUUGUCAUUUGAUCAAAACAGAAAUGGAUUAGCAUGUGACAAGUCAUCUUGUGAUUCUAGUCAAAAGGGCUCUGAAAUGAGUGGAAAUGAUGAAGAAAAAGUUAAAUUUGAUGUGCAUGUGCAGAAGCCAAAAAUGGAAAAUAAUCCUCCUUUGUCAUUCCUUGAGAAUUGGCUGCUGGAUGAAUCUGCAAAUCAUGAAGUGGAAGAAGUUAUGGGACUCUCACCAAUAUUCUAG